CAUAAAGUGAUCCAGAGAUUUGGGUUAAUCACAUUUCUCAUGUGCUGAAAUAAUAUCAGGAAAUUCCGAAAAUCGUCGUCCACCAUACAUCCAAACAACAAGAGCAUCUCCGAGCACAAGGACUAUUUAGUGUAACUAUGAACCUGGCCUCCAACGCGUACAAGUGCAAUCCCUUCGGGUUGGGGGACUUGCAACUGUCGGACUUAAAACUUACCGCUGCCUGCCUCCCUACUAGAUUCACGUGGGCCAUAAUAUGCCCCAAACCCUUUAAAAAGGUCUGUGACUGUUCUUCACUGUGCUCCUCUAUUUUUCUUUACCCUCAGGGUUUGAGCUUGCAACACAAGAAGGUUAUUAGUCUCAACAUCCAUCGUUGCCUAGAGGUUAGCUGGUCUGUUCCGGACAACUACUAGCCAGCAUGGCGGCUGUAGCCCAGCUUCGGUUUUCUCCUCAAUCAAACCCACACGAUCUUGCUGGGAACUCUCAGUUCUCAACUCGAACUUCUUCUCGUCUUCCAUCACUCCCUCUUUCUAGUCCAUCAAAUAUCUCAUUCAACUCUCAUUCUCCUGCUAAUCUAUCACUAUCUUUACUGCAAUCCAAAUCUUCAAAGCCCGAAUUCUCUGUAAAUGCAGAACUAUCCGCGGACAGUGGUGGCAACAGUGGCAGUGGGAUUGGUAAUCACAACACAGGAGGAGGUGGAAACAGUGGUGGAGGGGGGGACUCUGGUCGACGUAAUAAUGAUGGUGAUGGCAAUUCAGACAACCAAUUUUCUGCAUCUGGUUUUGGAUUUUUAGGGCUUUUACUGAAUGGAUGGAGAUCCAGAGUUGCUGCCGAUCCACAAUUCCCGUUUAAGGUUUUAAUGGAAGAAAUUGUAGGUGUGAGUGCAUGUGUUCUUGGUGAUAUGGCAUCUCGUCCUAAUUUUGGGCUUAACGAGCUGGAUUUUGUUUUCUCGACUCUUGUUGUCGGAUCAAUUUUGAAUUUUGUUCUGAUGUAUCUGUUAGCCCCAACAAUGGGUUCAGCAUCUUCAUCUCUUCCUGCCAUCUUUGCCAGCUGUCCACAGAGCCAUAUGUUUGAACCCGGGAUGUUUACUCUUCUCGAUCGAUUUGGGACUUUUAUUUACAAAGGAGCUGUUUUUGCUGCGGUUGGGUUUGCUGCUGGACUUGUUGGAACUGCUAUUUCGAAUGGAUUGAUUAUAGCGAGAAAGAAGAUGGAUCCUAAUUUUGAGACACCAAACAAGCCUCCACCUACACUUUUGAAUGCAAUGACUUGGGCGGCUCAUAUGGGUUUGAGCAGUAACUUUAGAUAUCAAACUCUCAACGGGAUCGAAUUUUUGUUAGCAAAGGGUCUCCCUCCAGUUGUGUUUAAGGGCUCAGUUGUCAUCUUGAGGUGUAUGAAUAAUGUUCUUGGAGGAGUUUCUUUUGUGACUUUGGCAAGGUUGACGGGAUCUCAAAAGGUCGAAGGGAAGCCAGUUGUUAGCAUAAAAGAAGGUGUGGAGGAAGAAACAGGAACUGCUGAAGAAAAGGUUAACUUGGUGGAAGAGAAAUGAAUUGUAAGUGAGUUACACUGAUCAAGUUAGAAUCUCUAAUCCAGCAAACGUUGCGAUGUACAUCUUAGGAUCACUCUGAUCAAGCCAACACUAAAUGUCUCUCUCUCUCUCUCUCUCUCUAGCUCUCUCGUAACAGUAGUUGCAGUAUCAAUUGUGUUAUUUUUGAUGAUUUUACUCUGGAAUAAUAAAGUAAGUUGCCAUUUUCAUAAUAAGAAACAUUAUUUCAGGUCA